AUGUGUCAAAGAAAGUAUGCCUUAGAACUGGUUUCUGAACUUGGCCUAGCAGGUGGAAAACCAAUAUGUACACCUCUUGAGUUCAAUCAUAAGCUCACCUCUCUUGAGUUUGAUCAGGAGGUAAAUAAUAAUGCUUCUAAAGAUAUAAUACUUGAAGAUAAAGGUAGUUAUCAAAGAUUGAUAGGUAGAUUAUUGUACUUAACCAUGACAAGGCUAGACAUAGCCUUUGUAGUACAGAUGCUCCGUCAAUAUAUGCAUGCACCUAAAGCUUCUCACAUGGAUGCUGCACGAAAAGUAGUAAAGUACAUUAAAUCCACACCAAGACUUGGACUCUUUAUGCCUACUGACAGCUGCAAACACCUUGUAGCUUAUUAUGAUUCUGAUUGGGGAGUAUGUGUGGAGUCUAGAAGAUCAGUCACUGGAUAUGUGGUAAAAUUUGGUGGUGCACUAAUCUUCUGGAAAAAAAAUGAGGAGCAAUGUCCAGGUGCUCAGUUGAGGCAGAGUUUCGAAGUAUAG